AGAGCUAUCUAGACAAGAUUAGAGGAAACACGUGUGACAUUUGAGAGAGAACAAAACAUAACCACAGCAUUAUCAGCGAAGAUGUUAGGAAACUUCACGCGCCUCCCUCGGCUACUGAAUUCCCCGACAGUUCGAGCGACAAGCGCUCAAUUCCACACUUCGCCGGUGAGCAAUGAGAUCCGGAAGCUGGCACGACUCCGAGUGGUGGACAACAGUGAAAUAGGCAAAGCGGCAAUGAUAGAGGGAAGGCCCCCAUAUUGUAUCCACGUGUAUAACAAGCGAAGCGUGGGCCUGAUUGGUGACAAAGUCCUCGUGGCCAUCAAAGGGCAGAUGAAGAAGGCAAUUCUCGUGGGUCUGAAGCAGAAACAGAAGAUAAAAGUGCCCAAAUUCGAUACCAACAACAUCGUCCUGAUUGAUGACAACGGAACUCCUCUAGGAACUCGCAUUCAUGUGCCCAUCCCGACAAUUCUGAGGACAAUUCUGAAAGAGAAAACCCACAAUAAGGGAGCGGAUUACACGAAACUCCUUGCCAUUGCGACGAGGUUCGUCUGAAGGAUAUCAUCAUCAUUAGCCUAGCGCAUCGUUAUAGUCUUGUACAAAAGAAAGGGAAGAAAAACAUAAACAAAUUUAGAAAAAAAAAACAUUAAUUGAAUGUUUUGAUUUUAUCAAGGGGUUUCUUAUUUGAAAUUUUAGAGAUAAUUUAGCAAAAAGAUCUCAUUGAAAGAAUCAAGUCUAGGCUUGAUAAGCGAUAAAAGCACGGAAAAAUUAUGAUGAGAAAAUUACACUAAUUUAGAAAAGACCAUUUGGACAC